GCCAUGGUGGAGUGACGUAUUUCAGCGUGUCCGAAGUAGAUUUUUGUGUCGCGUUGAAUUUUUUUGUCGACAAAUUGUUCAAAAUUCAGAAUUUGUAAUAAGGUAGUUGUAAAAAAUGGGAGAUUCGGAUGACGAAUAUGAUCGGAAGAGACGAGAUAAAUUCAGGGGAGAACGAACCGAGUCUUACUCCCGAGAAGGUCGUCGGGAUGAUCGACGAAGAGAUGACUGGGUUGAUAGAGAGUGGUCCAGCCGACCUCGUGCAAGGCCAGACUAUCGGGAAUAUCGUGGAGGAGGAGGUGGAGGACGUGAACGUUACAGCCCUGCUCGUUCACAAGAAAUGGCACCACCUAUGAAAAGAAUGCGUACAGACUGGGACGACAGACCACGAUACAGUCAUGAUUACUAUGGCGGUGGCGGUGGUGGAGGAGGAGGAGGAGGAGGAGGAGGUGGAGGUGGUGGUGGUGGAGGAGGUGGUGGCGGUGGUGGCGGCAGCUCCUGGGGUCCAGAUCACUAUUCUGCACCUCACCAUAGCAACCAUCACUAUGGCAAUCAUGGAAACAAUAGCAGCCGCGAAGCAUCUGGGAACUAUAGCAAUUCCGCUGUAGAGACGCAACCGCCGAUGAUGACUUUCAAAGCUUUCCUUGGAACGCAGGAAGAUACCAUUACGGAUGAAGAAGCCAUCAAGCGUUACAAUGAGUAUAAACUAGAAUUCAGACGGCAACAACUGAAUGAAUUCUUCGUAGCACACAAGGAUGAAGAAUGGUUCAAGAUAAAAUAUCAUCCAGAAGAAUCGAUUAAGCGAAAAGAAGAACAAGUGGCUGCUCUCAAGAAACGAAUAGAAGUGUUUUUAGAAAUGCUCGACCAAGAUGAAAUUGACAAAGUAUCUGUUGAUGCCGAUCAGACCGAUAUCUUACUGCAUCUUUUGGAUGCAGUAGUAAUCAAAUUGGAAGGUGGUACGGAAGAAGAUCUUAAAAUUUUGGACAUGAAGUCGCCUAUACCACCGAUAAAAGAGACAGUUGUUGUUAAAAAAGAAAAGGACGACUUUUGCGAUAAAAGCGGGACGGAUGAAAACAAAAGAUUAGACAGUCAUUUAUUGAAAGCUUUCGAACCACCUGUGAUCGAAUCAUCUGAAAACUGGGAUAAUGAUGAUGCCGAGAUGAAAAAAGAUGCUAAAGAACCAACCCCAGAAAAAGAAGCUACGCCAGAGAAGGUCGAAGAGAAUGCAGAUGCCAAUAAAGAGACCGAAAGUGUUCCCCCGUCGGAAGAAAAGGAGGAAGAGAAACCGGUUGAAGUUAAUUCCAAGAAACGCAAACGAAGCGACAGUAAUAGCAGCUCCAGCAGCAGUAGUAGUAGCAGUUCUUCCGACAGUGACAGCAAUAAACCUGACUCACCGAAGCCCUCUACUCCGACCGAAGACAAGCCAGACGAUGUAGCCGAAGAAAAAGCUGCAGAGGAGACUGUUACUCCGGACGCGGAAAAGGAAGAAGUUAAAACGGCAGAGCCGAUGGAAGAGGGGGAGGAAAAGGAUGAAAAGAAGAAUGAAGCCAAUGUCGAGCCCGAGACAGUGAUCGAUUUAGCCAGCGAAGAAAAGGAGAAAGAACCUCGCGCUCUUCAUAAAACUAGCAGCAUAUUUCUACGCAAUUUAGCUCCAACGAUAACCAAAGCUGAAGUUGAAGCCAUGUGCAAGAGAUUUCCCGGGUUUCUGCGUGUAGCGAUAGCUGAUCCACAACCUGAACGCAGAUGGUUUCGUCGGGGUUGGGUAUCGUUUGAACGUCAAGUAAACAUAAAGGAAAUUUGUUGGAGUCUAAAUAAUAUAAGACUUCGAGACUGUGAAUUAGGUGCUAUAGUGAACAGAGAUCUUUCUCGCCGUAUUCGGACAGUAAAUGGAUUGACGUCUCACAAACAAAUUGUCAGAAAUGAUAUUAAGUUAAGCGCGAAGAUCGUUCACAAUUUGGACAACCGUGCUGGCUUAUGGAAGGAGGAAAGGAAAGAAGAAAGUUCUCCGAAAGACGGAGAAUGCAAGGAAGCAAAAUCAGCCCAAAGCGCAGAUGAGCUUGAACAGGCGGCAUUUGGACUCUCCUCUAAAAAUCCAGUACUAAAAAAUAUAACCGAUUAUCUGAUAGAGGAAGCAUCUGCAGAAGAGGAAGAAUUACUGGGCAUGUCGGGUGAUCAUGAAGAAGGUCAGCUAGGCGGUGAUGGCGAUGGCCCCAUAGAAAGAGACCCCGCAUUGAUCAAGGUUCUCGACAAAUUAAUAUUAUAUCUUCGAAUAGUGCAUUCAGUUGAUUAUUACAAUCAUUGUGAGUAUCCGAACGAAGAUGAGAUGCCAAACCGAUGUGGAAUAAUGCACGUCAGGGGAUCCCCACCGACUACCAAAGUUUCAAGCACAGAGCUCUCGGAAUACUGCCGUAAUUUCGAGAGUAAAAUGUCCGUCUUUCUUGUUCCCGUAGCCACUGUUGCGAAUGACGAAUUCGAAAAGCUUGGUGCCAAAAAUGCCGAAGCUGAAGUCGAGAAAUUUGUACAAGCAAACACUCAAGAGCUUUCUAAGGAUAAGUGGUUGUGUCCUCUCAGCGGAAAGAAGUUCAAGGGUCCUGAUUUCAUUCGCAAACAUAUUUUCAAUAAACACGGGGAGAAGGUUGCCGAAGUCAAGGCGGAGGCCGAGUACUUCAACAACUAUUUGAAGGAUCCGAAGAGGCCGCAACUUCCGGAACAUCCAGGAAAUAAAGCCCCACCCAGAGAAGGGCCGCGUGAAACGUUCACACCUUACAAUUGUGGCGGAUUUGGAGGAUACGGCGGCGGCUAUGGUGGCGGAAGAGGAGGAUACGGAUCCGGCUUCGGCGGAGGUGGUGGAGGCUUCGGAGGAUUCGGAAUGCCUCGUUCAAAUCGCGGCGGUUUCAACAGAGGACGUGGCGGUGGUGGAGACUUCAGGCCGGUCAUACAUUACAGAGAUCUCGACGCUCCCCGAGAACCUGACGAGUUCAUAUAAUUCAAUUAAUCCAAUCGACGCAAACCAAUGAAGAGACGACAGACGAGAGGAUGAACGGAAACAUAAUACGCCUGUUCAAUUUGUACAUACCAGUAUCGUCGGUAAUAUUUUAUUGUUUAGCAAUAGACGAUAUUUGUAUGUUAUAUAUCACUCCCCAGACAAGCAGGUAUAACGGUAUAGCUACUUGCAAGAGAAAUAAAGUUGAACGAUAUAUUGUAA